UAUUAUGAUAUUCUUAAUUAAUAAAGAAAUUACCUUUUACUGUUUACUCACCAUAUAUCAGGCGUUUUGCUGGUUGCUUUCUGUAUGAUUUUCUCACAUUGCAUCUCAGUACAUUAACUAUACUCAUAGAUGUGCGAAAACAUGCCAGCCCUGGUUGGUUGGAAGACUCUGAAUUACUGCUCUGAUCUGCAAUUUACUCCUUGUAACACAAUGAUUCCUGCUGACUUACGGUAAGGCUUAUUUUGAGGAUUAUUUGAGAUAAUGAAUGUGAAAGAACUUUGAAAAGUAGAUGGGGCUAUGCUAUACUGUUACACAUUAGUAACAUGAGUUAAAGGAAAACAGAAAGAAAACCCAGAAUAGUCCCUGUGACCGUCUCAUUUGUUCAUCACACUUUUCUUGAAGGCACUUUGCCAGGCCCUGAAGUCGGACCUCCAGGAGCGCGGUGUAGCGGGCGGAAGGCAGAGGGAGCUCGCAGCCAGAGGGACAACGCCACAAUGAGGCCGGAGCCACUCGCUUCCCGCGAUCCGCUCCAGUGGGAGCCAGCGAUCCCAGGGACAACGCCACAAUGAGGCCAGAGCCACUCGCCUUCCCGGAGGGCUGCUCCCGGGGACCCGCACACAGUCCGCCAGGUUCAUGGCUAAGACCUGGACAUCGUCUGCACCUUCCCCGGGAUUCGAUAGUUUCCUCAUGGUGACUCCUUGUUGGGUCUGACUCGUGGUUGCUGGCAGCUCCUGGGCCAGAGACAUGGCUGCUUUCCGAUUUGGGUUUGGAAGGCUGAAUUUUCAUCUGUUGAAGAAAAGGAGUUUCUUGCUGUUGAAACUCAUAGCUUUUGUAUGUUCCGUGCUUCUGUUUUGUGAAUUUUUAAUCUAUUACUUAGUGAUCCUUCGGUGUAAUUGGCCCGAGGUGAAAACUCCAGCCCAUGGCGGGGAACAAGAGACUCUCGAACCUGUCCUGAAAGCCAUGUUUUUGGCUGAUACCCACUUGCUUGGGGAAGUAAGAGGCCACUGGCUAGACAAAUUACGGAGGGAAUGGCAGAUGGAGAGAGCCUUCCAGACGGCUCUGUGGUUGUUGCAGCCGGAAGUCGUCUUCAUUUUGGGAGAUAUCUUCGAUGAAGGGAAGUGGAGCUCCCCCCAGGCCUGGGCGGAUGAUGUGAAGAGGUUUCAGAAAAUGUUCAGACACCCAGGUCACGUGCAGCUGAAGGUAGUUGUUGGCAACCAUGACAUUGGCUUCCACUACCAGAUGAACAGAUACAGGAUAAAACGAUUUGAGAAAGUUUUCAAUCCUGAAAGGCUGUUUUCAUGGAAAGGAAUUAACUUUGUGAUGGUCAACAGCGUCGCCCUGGAAGGGGAUGGCUGCAACAUUUGCUCUGAAGCAGAGGCUGAGCUCAUGGACAUUUCUCACAAGCUGAACUGCUCCCGAGAGGAGCAGCACCCCGGCCAGUGUGGGGAGGGGCCGCCGCUGCCGGCCUCGGCCCCCGUCCUCCUGCAGCAUUUCCCGCUUUACCGGCGAAGCGACGCUAACUGUUCUGGGGAGGACGCAGCGCCCCCGGAAGAGAAGGGCAUCCCCUUUAAGGAGCGCUAUGAUGUGCUUUCUCGGGAGGCCUCACAAAAGCUGCUGUGGUGGCUCCGGCCGCGCCUGAUCCUGAGCGGCCACACGCACAGCGGCUGCGAGGUGCUCCACGGGGCCGGGGUCCCCGAGCUCAGCGUGCCGUCUUUCAGUUGGAGGAACAGAAACAACCCCAGUUUCAUCAUGGGCAGCCUGACGCCCACAGAGUACGCCCUGGCCAAGUGCUACCUUCCCUUGGAGGACACGGUUCUGACCACGUACUGUGCAGCAGCGGGGUUCCUGGUGGUCCUCAUGUUGGUUCACCUUGGCCUUGUAGCCUCACCUGUUCUUUUUGGUUAUAAGCUGCUCAGAAAAUUUAAGACAGUGUGAAGAGCAGGAGACUUUUUGCAUUUAGUAAUCGAUACCAAAGCCAAAGAAACUGAACUUCAGGCAGUGCUCAUGGGAGAUGAGACCCAAGUAGACUGUCUUGAUGCACAUCGCAGAAAUGCUAUAUCAUGGAUGCAAAGGACUGCAGAAUAAAUAGUUGAUUGCACUGUUCUCAUGCUAUGAAAAUGGAACAUGUACUCUACGACAAGUCUGUUUUCUCAUUUUUUUUAAAUAUAUGUGGAAUCAAAGAUUGUAUCUGUACAAUAUGUAAAUGCUAUUUAUUAACGUCAUCACUUGCAUGCACUGGACAGGCCUUCCUUCCCCGGAGGGAGCCAGCAGCCCUGCGGCACAGGGGGCUUAGGUGCGCACACACCAAACACUGGGUUCGCUCCUGUCCUCCUACGACAUUGUUCUCAGAGUCCUAUAUAGUAUAAAGCUGUACAAUGAAAAUAAAAGUACAGACGACACGAGGAGGAAUAUACUGUCUACACAGACUUUUUAAAAUCAGGGUAAUUUUCUCUCUAGCAGACUGAGUUGUUAAAUUGGAACUUAAUGCCUGUCAAUGAUGAAAAUAAAUUUGAAAAAUGGAUGAGGAAGUGUUUUUUCUGUAUUUUAAAAAUAAAUAUCUAGGUAAUUUUAAGCCAGA